AUGUCUUUCGCCGCUCGCAGCGCCCUUCGCCUCACUCGGGCUGCUGCCCCUGUUGUUCCCCGAAGCACUGCACGAUGCUUCUCAGCCACGCGUGUGCUGCGUGUUAACGACACAGACAUGAAGAAGAAUGUCGUUCGUGAGAAGGAGGUUCCUGUCACCGUCUACGCUGCUGGACACGGCACCGGCGACAAACACACCGUCAAUGUCUCCGACGCCGCUGCUCGCAUCCCUAACGAGACUCCUGUACCUGCACCUGACAGCGACGCUGUUCAGCCUCUCACCCGCAAGACGUUUGAGCAGCUCCCCCAGACCAUGCGCAACAUGAGCGUUUACGGAAAGACAAUCGUCCUUACUGGUGCUGCCCGUGGUCUUGGCAACUACAUGGCUCGCGCCUGUGCUGAGGCCGGUGCCAAGAACAUCAUUCUCUUUGAUGCCAACCAGGAACUCGGCGACCAAGCUGCAGCUGAGCUCCAUGACAAGACUGGUCUCCCUGUCGCUUUCUACAAGGUUGACGUCCGUGACGGUGCUGCCAUCAAUGCUGCUGUCGAUGAGGUUGUUGAGAACUACGGUGCCCCCGAUGUUCUCGUCAACUCUGCCGGCAUCGCCGACUCCAACAUCAAGGCUGAGACAUACGAUCCCGCCAUGUUCCGCCGUCUUAUCGACAUCAACCUCACUGGAUCAUUCCUCAUGUCCCAGGCUAUUGGCCGUGCCAUGAUGGCCGCUGGAAAGCCCGGUAGCAUCAUUCUUGUUGCAUCGAUGUCUGGUUCCAUUGUCAACUUCCCCCAGGAGCAGAGCUGCUACAACGCCUCCAAGGCUGGUGUCAUCCAACUUGGCAAAUCUCUUGCUGCGGAGUGGGCCAAGUAUGACAUUCGAGUCAACUGCAUCUCUCCCGGAUACAUGGACACUGCUCUCAACCGAGUGCCCGCUCUCGAUGCACAGAAGAAGAUCUGGAAGUCUCUUACUCCCCAGAACCGCCUCGGCAACGUCGACGAGCUCAACGGCCUUUGCAUCUUCCUGGCCUCCGACUCUUCCAAGUUCAUGACCGGUUCCAACUGCAUCAUCGACGGUGGCUACACAUGCUACUAA